AUGGCGGACGAUCCGGGCGCGAUAUCCGACCCCGUGGCCGCGGCCACCGAGGAGGCGGAGCGCACGCGCAGAGAGGACCCCCUCAAACUCAACGCCCUGCAAGGCGUCUUCGAAAGAGAGAUCGCAAAGCACGCGACGCUCGCCCUCCGCGCGACUCCGGCCCAGGACGAAACAGAACUGGAGGCAGCGCAGGAGAUGUGCCAGGAGAAGAACAGGCCCGUGGUCUGCCUCGGGCCGCUUGGCACUGGGAAAACCACCGUAGUGUCUCGCCAGCUCCGUGCAGCCGUCGCCAGAGCUGCGCGGGUCCUCUUCGCGCUGCCCACGGCGCAUCUCGCCUCGCGCAUGCGGAGCCGCUUCGCGCAGUACUCCAACGUCGUGGUCGACACACGCCACGCGGCCUUCAAGCUGAACGCCCCCAAGUCCGAGAGCUACCCCCUCAUGACGUGCUACGACCUCGUGGUGGUGGACGAGGUGAGCUUGCUGGGCCAGGACGACUUUGAACGGAUGCUGCGCCUCUGGCACGAUCCCCAGUUCUGGGACAUCCUCCAGACGCUGCGCACAAGCAGACCGGAGAAGAAGAGCGGAAUCGUGAACCGCCUGUGCAGGGGUCGCAAGGCGUGGCUGGGCGCCGAGCCGGACGUGGCCGACAUUCGCAAGCUGAUGCAGAAGCACCCAUCCACCAAGAUAGUGACGUGCACCCGACGGCGCGCAGCUUUGGUGAACGACCUUGCGGUGGAAGCCCUCUACACCGGUAAGCAGCCGCUGGUCUCGGUGCCGGGCGACGUGGAGUUCAACCCGGACAACUACGACGAGCGCGGCCAGUGGUGCACCGAUCGCCGCCCAGCGCCAGCCAAUGUGCCGAUACACAAGGGCAUGCGGCUCUACCUCACCCAGAACGUGCUCAAGUCCGUCGACUACGUGAACGGGAUGGGCUGCGAGGUGCUCCACUGGGAUAGCAACGCCCGGCAACUCCGAGUCAAGACCGACACCGGGUACGUCCACGUGGUCACUCCGUGGACUGACGUGGAUCAUGGUCGGGUGUCUUACUAUCCUAUCCGCCUUGGGUACUGCUCCACCAUACACAAAGUGCAAGGAGAUCAGGUCACGCACAUCACGAUAUGGCUGGACACCCCCAAGUGCGAGGGGGCAGCAUACACUGCGCUCUCGCGCGUCAGCCGCGCGGACCAAGUGCUGCUGGGCGGCGUGCUAACGGAGGAGCACUUCGUGCCCGCCGGCUGA